AAACCGAAAUCAUCCCAUCAGCAGUUAUCCAUGUCGACAAACAUCACAAUCAUUCUAUCGCCAACACAGAAGUAUACGGCCAAACCGACGCCAACAACUUCUCUCAAUUCCCUUCUCAUUCAAGCAUGUCAACACCUCAGUCUUCCCGACUCGCCCGAAUCAUACCUGCUGAAACACGGCAAAACCACACUUGAUCUCUCGCUGCCAAUCCGCCAUGCCAAUCUGCCACAAGGCGCAAAGCUCGACAUGAUCCUGAGACCAGCCAGAUCUGCCAAUGCACUUGUCACAAUCGCCGUCCAAUUGGCCGACGGAAAGCGAUUGAUCAAGAAGUUUCCAGCUUCGACAUCACUUUGGGACGUACUGAGAGCGAACGAGACAGAGGACAUUAGAAUUGUAAGACGGGAGGGUGAGGGUGGACAAUGGAUGGAGCCGGUGAUCAGAAUAGGGAAUGAUGACAUCAGAGAGCCGGAUUUGUUGAAGAGUACGACGUUGAGCAGUCGCGGCCUGUUCUCCGGGCAGCAUAUCUUGAAGGUCUCGUUCAGUCUGUCUACAGAACCUUUGCCGCCCAUCGACGAUUCUCCUGUCAUGGGGGUUGUCACCUCGACCUCGAUCCCGGCUAGCAGAACGACACCGAUACCUUCACCAACAGGGCGAGCUACGGCGGAGGCAGCUCUACCAGCCCCAGAGCCUGCUGUACACCCGGCGGGCCCGAAUCACCGCUCUCUCAAAGUAUAUAACGCACCCACGUCCUCCACACCCCACGCCGCCACCUUACCCGCCGAGCCAGAGCUCCACCCAACCGCAGCAGACGCGCGAGCCAUCCAAGCUUCUCUCACUGCCCGUGCCCGAGCACUCGAUAACGGCGGACUAUUCCUCUCUGCUGCAGAAAGGGAGAAGCGCGCGCGUGAGCUCAAAGAGAAAGAAGGACGGAUUCCGAAGCAUGUAACGGAAAUGGAGGUUAGCGUCAGGCUGCCUGAUGGGGCGAGACUGGGUGCGGUGUUUGGCGUCAGGGAAGGAACGAGUGCGUUGUUCGAGCUUGUGAGGUCGAGUUUGAAGAGCGGAGUUGUGGAGAAGAAGUUUCAUCUGAGUACUGGAAUGCCGCCCAGGAAGGUUUUGGAGAGCAAUGAAAUCACGAUUGGGGAGGAACUUGGCGCUGGCGUUGGGAUUACGAAGUGUUUGGUUACGUUGAUCUGGGAUGAGCUUACAAGCGGCCGGGAAAGCGUUUUGAAGGAGGAAUUGGCAUCGCAAGGGCAGGAGCUUAAGGGAAAGGUUCUAGAAGAUGUCGAGAUGAAAGAAGCAUCCAAGGCCGCAGUCGAGGAGAAGAAUGUCGAGGAGUCAAAGGAGGAAAAGAAAGAGAAGAAGAUCCCUAAAUGGCUGAUGAAGGGGCUUAAGAAGUGAUGGAAUGCUCAAUUGGUCGUUUAUUGUGUAUCUCUCUGUGACAUGCUUGCAUGGCGUUGGUAUAUCUUAGCUUUUCAAUCCUG